AAAAUUAUCGUUAGUGCUUAGAUAGGUUUGAAGAGUGACAAUCAAUUUAAAACGCUCUGAAAGAAAUUGACUAAAUGCUAUGGAUGCUCAAUUGGAAGCUGAACUUGAGAAUGCCCGACAAUCCUUAUUCGACACCUACAAUAUCGCUUUAACUUAUGGAGACGCUGAUACUCAGGAAGACCAGAGACUUUUGGGUUUGGUUGCCAGAAUGUGCGAUAUUAAAAAUGAUGCGAUUCGCCACGCCGCAGCUUUAGAAGUUGCCAAAGACUCUCGUACUUUAGCAGAAUUUGAAGAAAAAUACAGAAUAGCUUUAGAAGAGCAAGAUCAACCUUUUAAUCCUAAAAAAACUGCAGAUUAUAAAAAUUUUAACGCAAGUUUGGCUCGAAUGCACGAAGAAUAUUCCACCAACGCUAACGAUGCGUCGACUAGUGAUGAUAUGAUGAUAGAAGAACAAAUUUGCAUAAAAGAUCCUUUAACAAAGUUGACCAUGCGAAAUCCAGUAAAAAAUAGGAAAUGCGGUCACCAUUAUGAGAAGAGUUCUAUUAUAAAUCAUAUUAAUGGCGGAGGACAGCGAUGCCCAGUAGUUGGUUGUGCUAAUAAAAGUUAUAUUACUAGUGCUGACUUAGUAGACGACCCUCUUUUCAAAAUUCAUUUACAAAACAUAAUUGAAGAUCAAAACUAA